AGAAACAAAUGGCUGAAAGCAAUUAAUCGAGGAACAGGAAAAGAAGACGGUUCCGUGGACUAUGCUCGCCUGUGGGAACCAAAAUCCAAGCACAUUUACGUUUGCAGCCGACAUUUUAUUACUGAGUUCCGCACAGCGUACGCUGCGCACACGAUAAAGAAGACGACUGGCCCAGUGCUGCUGACUAGCUAGCCACACCACGGUUGCUCAUCAUGUCUGCCUCCAAGCCAAUCGACCCGCAAUCAGGCACCGGCGUCCCCCGUUGGCAGCUCGCUCUGCUGUUCGGCGCGCCCAUAGUGCUCGGGGUGAGAGCCGUGUAUCUAUGGAACAGCAUGAGUCGUUUGGAUCGUGCCCGAGAGGCAAAUAAAAAAGGCAACAGAUACUUUAAGGCGGCCAAGUACGAGAGCGCCAUCCAGUGUUACACAGAGGCCAUUGAACUCUGCCCCACUGUACAGAAGAGCUACCUGUCGGUGUUCUAUAACAACCGAGCGAAUGCGUAUAAGAAGCAGAUGAAAUGGACUGAGGUGUCGCAAGACAGCUCACAGGUACUAAUGCUCUACCCAGUGAACUUCACAGCUUUCAGCAAUAAGUGGCAAGCUCAUGGGAAACUGGACAAUAAGAAAGAAUGCCUGGAAGAUAGCAUCGCUCAGUCUAUCCCGGAGGACGAGCUGAACGAGGAGCGCAUGAAGUUCCCUAUGGGAAAUAAGAAACGAGGGUGGAUGAUGCCUUCUCCUCAGUACAUCAAAUCCUACUUUGGUUCUUUCACCGAUGACAUCAUCUCGCAGCCGCUGCAGAUGGGCAAGAAGAAAGAUGAAGACAAGGACAAUGAGGGCGAGGCCUCCGAGGUCACAGCUAGACUUCCUGACAUGGAAUGGAUACAAGACCCAUCGAGAUUACAACAUUGUCACCACCUGAGUUCGGGCUACCUGAAAGCCAAGCACUAUAUGGAUGAGGAGAACUACGAUAAAAUCAUCAGCGAAUGCACUAAGGAGGUGGACUCAGAGGGCCGCUACAUGGCUGAGGCGCUGCUCCUGCGCGCCACCUUUCACCUGUUGACUCGCGACAACGAGGCCGCUGAGGGCGACUUGAACCGCAUCAUCAAUAUGCAGGAAGCCAACGUCAAGCUGCGUGCCAACGCUCUCAUCAAGCGUGGGAUCCUGUACAGACAGGAUAUCCGACACUUGGCUGCCAAAAAGCACUUCAACAUCGCAGCAGAGAUCGACGCAUGCAAUCCCGAUGUGUACCAUCACAGCGGGCAGCUUAAAAUGGACCUGCGCCUGGUGGAUGAAGCUGUAGAAGACUUUGACAAAAGCAUCCUGCUCAGACCUGACUUUGCUCUCACCCAGGCGCAGAGGUCCUUCGCUCUGUACAAACAAGCAUACACCGAGCUCUGCCCAUCCAAGACACACGUUCAGAAAGCCAUGGAUGGAUUCGAGGACGUUAUCAAAAGGUUUCCCACUUGUGCAGAGGGCUACGCACUAUACGCUCAGGCUUUAACCAAGGAGGGACGCUUCAGAAAGGCAGACAAGAUGUACGACAAGUGUAUUGAAGUGGAACCAGACAACGCCAACUAUUAUGUUCACAAAGGAUUAUUACAGCUCCAGUGGAAACGAGGCAUGGACUCAAGAAGCUUGUGUGGGUUGGCCCUGGACCUAAUCAGAGAAGCCAUCAAAAUCGACAACAAAUGUGCCUUUGCUCGCGAAUCAUUGAGAUGUGUCAAACAUCCAUGGAGUAACAAAAUCAGAAUGUCCACCGAGGAUGAAACGGCGAAUGACGUGUGCACUUAUUACUUCCCGUUCAACCGUCACACAGAGCGCCACGAAGCGUACACCCACAGAGAGGUAUUCAGGAAAGUACUGCAUCAGGUUGCUGCACAACCAAUAGGAUUAAACACCUCUGGCUUCAUGGAAUAUAAGUGCCAAGUGCAUAGCUGAGUACCGCGCAUUUGACACACUGCACCGGUCCUCGUCCUCUAACCAGUAAGAACCAAACUGGCAGAUAGGGUGUCAUUUUAAGAAUGGAAACGUUUCAAGACAGCCACUUCGAUUUUGACUGGCAAAUUCCUCUGAUAUUCUUCAUCGAUAUAUAUGGUGAUCAAAGUAAAAUAGAACUUAAAUCUGAAUAAAGUUAUGAUUCCUGGAAAGAGAUGUGGUGCUUUUUCUUUACUGUAUCGGGGUUUUUUUUUCAGUGGAAUGUACUUGAUAUAAAAUGUUUUUUAAAUACUGUGUGAAACAACUAGUGUGAUGGUUCAAAUUACUAAAUAGUGUACUUUACCACUUCCAAUUUAGUUCAGUUAAAAAGCACCUGUGGCUAAAGAUUUAGUAAAUAGAUAAAAAAUAGCUAACUUUUUGUCGUAUUUAAAUAGGAAACAUGUUGGAAUUCAAGGCAACAAAGGACAUUUUGGUAUAUAUAAAACAAUUCCAAAUGUAUUUUGAUACUUCUAUGUUAUAAAUCUUUGGAUUGCAAUCGACUGGUGUUUAGUUCUCGCUGACCGAAUCAAACACCCGCUCAGAGGUUGCGCUAGACUUUUUCGUUGUCUGUCAUUUUGACUGACAGGGUCAUAAAAAUCCGGUCAUAAUCUAUUUUUACCAGUCACUUAAAUUUUUAAAAUGAUGAUAAUUACAUUGUGGUGACCCUUUGUUUGGCAUAAUUCACCUUCCGUACUUGUGUGUCCAUUUGGCCGAGCGCGUUACCGGCUACGACACAGUCACGUGAUAGAGACAUUUAAGAGCCGCGCGCGCGCGCUCCGGCGUGAAUAGAGAGUUCACAGAGAGCAGCAGAGCUACAGCGGUUGGACACAGCAAUUGGAGCUAACAAGACUCUUAACAUUGCAUACCGCUUCAACAGUAUUUAGUAGUGAUGGCCAAAUGAAGCAAUGAAGCUUUGCAGCCAAUUGGUUUGCACAUGUAGCAAAGCUUCAUUGUGCUUCAUUUACUCUAGGGCGCCAUCAAGUGGUCUCCAAUGACACAGAUGAAAUUAAACUAGCUUCAAGUUUAUUCAAUUUCUCGCUGCGUAUCUUCCCUGUAAUCAUGUCGUACAUGUCAGCAUGUCUUGUUUGGUAAUAUCGCCUCACAUUGAACCCUUUAAAAACAGCGACUAUUUCUUUGCAAAUGAGGCGGACACAAUUGUUGCGUAUUUUAGUGAAGAAAUAGUCCAAUGUCCACCUAUCCUUGAAGCGUCGGCCGUCGCAGUCAACUUUUUGUUGUUGUUGUUGUUGAUUGUUGCCAUUUUAGAAAAUUAGAAGUCAAGGGUCACAUGGGGAAAUGUUGCUUAAAGGGCUGCUGCCUUUUAGUGGGUAAAUGAGGAGCAGCAUUUAAUGUGUAAGCUACUUCAUAUGCUGGUAGCAGUACUGCUGACCAAUUUAUUAAGUCUGGGUGCAUGCCAGACGUUAUUGAUCUUAUGACAGAGGCUGGGGGCCGGAUAAAAUUUGACCCCGGGCCACACUUUGGAUAUGUCUGCUUUACGAUGUCGCCUUUCUACUCUCAUUAGUCUGUUAAGAAAAAUGUAGACAUAUUGCGACAUCUCCCGUGUCCACGUGUGUUAUUUUUGGGCGCUUGAGUA